AGUGGAGAUUCUCUGGUUCUACAGCUGGAGUGUUUUUGGGGGGUUUGGUUCCACAUCUCUGGAGGAACAGGAUCAGCUGAUCUAUAGAAGAAUGAAUGCCGUCCUCUUCCAGGUCUCAUGAUCCUUGCGUCGACUUUCCAACCUGGCCAAAGUUUUUCAUCAUUUAGGAGAUUUCACAACGGUCAGUGUUACGCUGCUAAAAGUGGUUAGACGGAACGGAAGGCAUUUAAAAGAAUUUACUGACCUGCAAAAUUUGACAUUUGAAGCCAAAUCCAGGCAUGGAGGAAUCUCAUUACUGUUCAGACUGUGGGAAGAGUUUUACUCAACAGAGUACACUUCAACAACACCAGUGCGUUCACACAGGCGAGCAACUGUAUACCUGUUCAGACUGUGGGAGGAGUUUUACUACACUGUAUAAUCUCAAUACACAUCAGCGCAUUCACACAGGAGAGAAACCUUACGACUGCUCAGAGUGUGGGAAGAGUUUUAAUCAAAUGAGUCAUCUCAGAACACAUCAGCGCAUUCACACUGGAGCAAAACCUCAUUACUGCUCAGACUGUGGGAAGAGUUUUUCUCAAAGCAGCGAUCUCAAAAGACACCAGAGCAUUCACACAGGAGAGAAACCAUAUCACUGCUCACACUGUGGGAAGAGUUUUAUUUCACAGAGUUAUUUCAACACACACCAGCGCAUUCACACAGGAGAUAAACCAUACUACUGUUCAGAGUGUGGGAAGAAUUUUAUUUCACAGAGUUAUCUCAACACACACCAGCGUAUUCACACUGGACAAAAACCAUAUUACUGUUCAGACUGUGGGAAGAAUUUUACUCAACACAGUGCAUUAAAAAGACACCAGCGCAUUCACACCGGUGAGAAACCAUAUCACUGUUCAGACUGUGGGAAGAGUUUUACUACACAGAGUCAUCUCAAGCUACACCAGCGCACUCACACAGGAGAGAAACCGUAUCACUGCUCAGACUGUGGAUGGCAAUUUACUAGACCGACUGAUCUCACUGCACACCAGCGCAUUCACACUGGAGAGAAACCGUAUCACUGCUCAGACUGUGGGAAGAGUUUUACUCGACAGAGUCAUGUCAGAAUCCACCAGCGCAUUCACACAGGAGAUAAACCAUAUUACUGUUUAGCAUGUAAGAAAAAUUUCAGGUAUUCUUUUAUAUUAAAGAAACACAAGUGCACUAAAAGUAGUAAUGAAAAUAACCACCCCAGAUAAUACAAGGAACUUUGUUAUAGAGGGAAAAACAAUUUAUUAUUUUUUUUUAGUUUCUGAAGCAUAUUCAUACAAUAAAGUGGAAUAUUGCGUGGUGCACAUCAUGUCCAGCCAAAGGCCGAUACGUAGAGGAUUCCAUCCAACACAUAUUCUAAGGGGCAAUUGGAGACAAUCCCCUAAUACUCCAACUAUUUUUUUUUUGUUUUACAACUUUAUAUCAUGUCACUGAGUGGGUUAAGCUGUUCAUUUAAAAUACAGGACAAAAAUAAUAAAAUAAUAAAAAAUAAUACAAAUAUAUUGUUUCCCCUUUUUUAUAUAUACUUUGCAGUGUGUAACCAAUGUUAGACACUGCAUAUUUAGCCAUAUUUGUAGUGAAGGGUCUGAUUGGAGAUAACCACACCUUCAACACUCUUAAUUGCUUUAUACAUAUAUAGAUAUACACACUUUUACUGUUUACCUAAUAGAUUAGCUUUAUGAACGUUGUUCUCUUUCUAACUGUCACAAUGACACAUGGCUUUGUAGGUUAUUUGUUGGUGAUCACAUCAUCAGAACUCGACAACAAACUGUUAACUAAACAGUUGAUGUUGACAUAGGCAUAUUGAUAGAUUCCAUCCAGUUGCAUUAAAUCCUAUUGAUUUACAUGUCAUUUACCUAAAGGUAUAACUGCUUGGAUGGAGUCUCUGUCUGGAUUGCCUGUCUCUCUCUCUCUCUCUCUCUCUCUGGGUUGUGAAUGUAUUAACCUAUCGAGAUUUAAUUAUAGUAUGUGUUGACACGUUGAUGUACUUUUACUCUUUUCUAAUGUAUCUAUCUUUAAUAAUGUUCCUUUUAUAUAUCUGUAAUGCUGAAACAAUUUUUUCAGUAAACUUUAACAUUUUAAAUUCUAAUCUUAA